AUGGCUAUUCUUUCAACACUUCAGUCCAGAAAGUCACUACCUCUGGAUGAAAAAUGGCUCCUCGUUCCAGCUUUCCUCAAGGUACGAGGUCUCGUUAAACAACACAUAGUGAGCUUCGAUUAUUUUGUAAAUCAAGAAAUAAAAACCAUAAUGCUAGCUAAUCAGAAGAUCACCAGUGAUGCAAACCCCAAUUUUUAUCUGAAAUAUCUAGACAUCAGAGUUGGAAAGCCAUCUAGUGAGGAAGGUCUUAAUCAGAUCCACGACAAAAUCACUCCACAAGAGUGCCGACUAAGGGAUAUGACGUAUGCAGCUCCAAUUAACGUUGACGUCGAGUAUACCCGUGGUAACCAGAGAGUUAUCAAACGUGAUCUGACUAUUGGACGACUGCCUAUCAUGUUGAGAUCAAGCAAAUGCAUAUUGAAAGAUCUCGCAGAGGAAGAGCUUGCCCGUGUACAAGAGUGCCCUUAUGACCCAGGAGGUUAUUUCAUAGUUAAGGGGUCUGAAAAGGUAAUUCUGAUACAGGAACAGCUUUCGAAGAACAGAAUUAUGAUUGGAAGAAAUUCGAACAAAGAUCUUCAGUGUGAGGUAUUGUCAUCAACGGCUGAAAAGAAGAGCAAAACCUAUGUCAUCGCCCGGAGGAAUAGAUACUGGUUACGCCACAAUCAGCUUACUGAUGACAUUCCGGUAGCUAUAGUUUUCAAGGCCAUGGGAGUAGAGUCCGACUACAAUAUAAUCAGCGCAGUUGGUUUAGAAGAGAAGUAUGUCACUGCAUUUGCUGCAUCUCUCGAUGAAUGUUCCACAAACAAUAUCUUCACCCAACAGCAAGCGAUAAACUACAUAACAACAAAGGUCAAAGCUCGCAAAUACGGGGGUCCUUACGGAGCUGCGGCGUCGAAUAUACCUGUCCCAAAGGAGCACGAAGCAGUUGACUUCUUAUCGACUUCCAUGAUUUGUCAUAUCCCUUGCCACGAUGGUAAUUUUAAAAUGAAGGCAAUAUUUCUGGGCUUGAUGACAAGAAGGUUGAUUCAAGCUGAAUUGGGCGAGUGUGACUUAGACGAUCGUGAUUUUUACGGCAAUAAAAGACUUGAACUAGCUGGAUCCUUACUAUCCCUCUUAUUCGAGGAUGUGUUCAAACGGUUCAACAGCGAGCUAAAGAGAGUGGCAGACAACUCACUGGGUAAAACUCUGGCGGCUCCGCUUGAUAUUGUAAAACAUAUGCGUCAAGAUCUGAUAACACAUGCUAUAUCCAAUGCUCUAUCGACCGGUAAUUGGAUAAUUAAAAGAUUUCGAAUGGAGCGACAUGGUGUAACUCAGGUUCUCAGUCGGUUGUCAUACAUCUCCGCUCUGGGAAUGAUGACAAGGAUAAAUUCUACAUUCGAAAAGACACGCAAGGUGUCAGGGCCGCGAUCUCUUCAGCCCUCUCAGUGGGGGAUGUUGUGUCCGAGCGAUACUCCUGAAGGAGAAGCAUGUGGUUUAGUCAAGAAUUUAGCUCUCAUUUCGCAUAUCACCACUGACUCCGAUGAAAGGGCAAUGUUGCGUUUGCUUUUCAACUCUGGUGUUGAGGAUCUGCAGAAUAUGCAUUUCUCACACAUCAACAAUCCUAAUUAUCACCAAGUGUUCCUUAAUGGUCUUCUUGUCGGAACUACGUUAGACCCGGCUCGUGUUGUACGUGCAGUGCGGACAGUGAGAAGAAGUGGCUUGUUGUCUGAGUUUGUGUCUGUUUCGCGAUCUCUUCCUCUACGUGCUGUGUACAUAGCGAGUGACGGGGGUCGGCUGUGUCGUCCUUAUCUUAUAGUUGAAGAUGGCAAAAUACUUCUGCAACCUCACCAUAUACAGGAACUCAAAGAGGGUCAACGCAUAUUUGAAGAUUUCGUUGAUGACGGACUCAUAGAGUACUUGGAUGUGAAUGAAAUGAAUGACGCGAAUAUCGCUGUUUACGAGACCGAUGUGAAUGCAAAAACCACUCAUCUGGAGAUCGAGCCCUUUACGUUGUUGGGUGUUUGUGCGGGUCUCAUUCCAUAUCCUCAUCAUAACCAAUCACCUAGGAACACCUAUCAGUGUGCUAUGGGCAAACAGGCUAUGGGAACUAUUGGCUACAAUCAGCAAAAACGUAUAGAUUCGAUUAUGUAUCUACUUUGUUAUCCGCAACGACCUCUGGUCAAAUCUAAGACUAUUGAAUUAAUCAACUUUGAAAAAUUACCGGCUGGCGCUAAUGGCAUCAUAGCUGUGAUGUCGUAUAGUGGUUAUGAUAUUGAAGAUGCGCUUGUCCUUAACAAGGCUUCCCUAGAUAGAGGAUAUGGAAGAUGUCUCGUUUACAAACAUGCAAAGGGAACUGCGAGGAAGUACCCCAAUCAGACAUAUGAUAGACUGAUGGGACCAUCGCUCGAUCCAAUUACAAGAAAGCCAAUUUAUAAACACAGGGUUCUGGACCAAGAAGGCAUAGUUUUUGCUGGUGCACGGAUAUAUUCGAAGCAGACUAUGAUCAAUAAGCAUAUGCCAGUUGUAUCUCAAGAAACCUCUUCACCUACGGCCCAAGCCACCGUACCAGGUGCCAGGUCCGUUGAAUACAAAGAUGUCUCCAUAACUUACAAGAACUCCCUACCAUCAUAUGCAGAAAGAGUGCUUCUCACUUACAACGAUGAGGAGGCUCAUCUUGUAAAGGUGCUACUGAGGCAGACGAGACGUCCUGAAUUGGGUGAUAAAUUUUCCUCUCGACAUGGCCAAAAAGGCGUAUGUGGACUUAUUGCGGCCCAAGAAGAUUUACCAUUCAAUGAUCUUGGCAUGGUACCGGAUAUGAUUAUGAAUCCCCACGGCUAUCCCUCUCGAAUGACUGUUGGGAAACUGAUGGAACUACUCAGUAGCAAGAAUGCGGUGCUCAGUGGUCGAUACCACUACGGAACAGCGUUUGGGGGCGACCAGGUGGUCGACGUCUGUAGCGAAUUGGCAUCGCGCGGGUAUAACUAUUUGGGCAAAGACAUGUUGACAAGUGGAAUCACAGGUCAACAGUUGUCUGCAUAUAUCUACUUUGGCCCUAUAUAUUAUCAGAAGUUGAAACAUAUGGUGCAUGACAAAAUGCAUGCCAGAGCAAGAGGACCAAGGGCUGUGUUGACGCGACAGCCAACAGAAGGUCGUUCCCGAGAGGGAGGACUUCGUUUGGGUGAAAUGGAACGAGAUUGUCUUAUCGCUUACGGUGCAUCGAUGCUGUUGAUGGAACGCCUUAUGGUGUCUUCAGAUGAAUUUAAGGUAGAAGUAUGCUCAGAAUGUGGCCUCAUCGGAUAUCAUGGCUGGUGCCAAAACUGCCGAUCCAGCAAAUCCUUGGCGAACAUAAAGAUACCGUACGCGUGCAAAUUAUUGUUCCAGGAGUUGCAAUCGAUGAACAUUGUACCUAAGCUUGAUUUGGCCAGGUAUACGUAG